AUGGGUGACUACUCGAAAACACUUGAAUUUUACGAAAAAUCACCUAAAAUCUACGAAAAAGCUCUGCCUUCGAAUCAUCCCGAGUUGGCUGUUUCCUGCAGCAACAUUGGUCAAGUGUAUAACAACAUGGGUAACUACUCGAAAGCACUUGAAUUUUAUGAAAAAGCACUUAAAAUCUUCGAAAAAGCUCUGCCUCCAAAUCAUCCCGAUUUGGCUUUGUCCUACAACAACAUCGGUGGAGUGUAUAGCAGCAUGGGUGACUACUCGAAAGCACUUGAAUAUUUAAAAAAAGCACAUCAAAUCUUCGAAAAUGCUCUGCCUCCGAAUCACCCUCUUCUGGCUUUUCCAUACAGCUGGUUCGGAAACAUUUAUCACAGUAUGAAAGAUUAUCCAAAAGCACUUGAUAAUUUCGAGAAGUGUCUCUCAAUACGUCAGAAAGCCUUACCUGAAAAGCAUCCAUAUCUAGCUGUAACAUACAGUGAUAUUGGUGAUGUUCAUCGAUUAAUGGGUAAUUAUGAAAGGACACUUGCGUUUCACCGAAAAGCAUUAAAUAUUCAAGAAAAUAUUCAAUGUAGUCCUCUUCAGGUUGCAACGACAUAUAUAAAUUUAGGUGAAACUUAUCGUGAAAUGAAAGAUUAUUCAAAAGCAUUGACAUAUUUCGAAAAAGGAUUAGAAAUACGUGAGAACAAACUACCAAAAAAUCAUCCUGAUUUAGCUGUUGUAUAUCAUAAUAUGGCAAAAUUAUAUUUGGCUACACAAAAAUAUAGUAUGGCAAUGAAAAAUAUUCAACAAGCAGUUGAAAUAGCUCAAGAAAAAUUACCUUCAACUCAUCCUCAUCUUUUGGAAUAUAAAGAAACAUUUGAAAAAAUUCGAAAGAAAAUGUAA